CUUGCCUCAAAAGAAAUAUGGGCUUCUUUGGUCUGUUUGGCAGAGAAAUCUUGUCGAUUUUCGAAAAAAUAAUCCCGCGUCCUCCUUCACCACCACCACGUCCUCCUCCUCCUCCUCCACGUGAGCCAUCUCCGCCACCGCCACCGCCACCGCCACCGCUACUGCCACCGCCACCGCCAAAACCCUACAGACAACCAACCCAUCCCUUCAUCUUCCCACAAACCCAAUCCACAAUCCUUCCUGACCCAUCCCUCUUUUUCUCUCCCCACCUACUCUCUUCCCCUCUACCUACCAAUUCCUUCUUCCAAAACUUUGUUCUAAAAAAUGGUGAUCAACCCGAAUACAUCCACCCUUAUCUCAUCAAAUCUUCUCUUUCCUCUCUCACUCUAUGCUACCCAUCUCAGUCCUCUAACUCUUCCUUCAUCUACCAGAUUUUCAAUCCUGACCUCACCAUCUCUACAUUAAACAAACCCAACCCAUAUGCAACCCACAUUGUUUCUUCAUUCAGUGAUCUUAGUGUCACUCUUGACCUUCCUUCUAGCAAUCUCAGGUUCUUCCUCGUUAGAGGAAGCCCUUAUUUGACCUGUGUUGCUACCAAUGGUGUUUCCCUUUCGAUUUCUACAGUUCAUGCCAUUCUUCAAAUCUCUCCCAACAGUUCUCUCACUAAAUGCACCAUUAAGCUCAACAACUUCCAGACAUGGCUUCUCUACGCUUCUUCACCAAUUAAUCUGAGUCAGGACGUUUCUUCUAUAAUUUCUAAUGGGUUUUCUGGCAUAAUUCGGAUUGCUAUUGUACCAAAUUCUGACCCACGAUACGAAUCAAUCCUUGAUCGGUUCAGCCGUUGUUAUCCGGUAUGUGGUGAUGCCCUAUUUUCCAAUCCAUUUUCUUUGGAGUAUAAAUGGGAUAAGAGAGGUUGGGGAGAUUUGCUCAUGCUUGCCCACCCUCUUCAUCUUUAGCUUCUUUCAAGCAGUGAUAGUAAAAUCACUGUUUUGGAUGAUUUCAGGUAUAAAAGCAUUGAUGGAGACCUUGUGGGUGUUGUUGGAGAUUCAUGGGUAUUGAAAUCCAGCCCUGUUUCUGUAACUUGGCACUCACUUGGAGGCAUCAAUGAAGAAUCAUACCCUGAAAUUGUUGCUGCACUAAUCAAAGAUGUUGUGGCUCUCAAUCCAGCAACAACAUCAACAACAUCAUCAUCUUAUUCUUAUGGAUAACAGAUUGCCAGAGCAGCAAGA